AUGUUUCAGGCAACUCGUUUCACUUUCCGGGUGCCUCUGCGCACCCCCCUUGGGGUGCGCUGGAACUCCUCCAGCCCGGUGCUGCCGCCUCUAAUGACUACACUGCGGAAUGAUCUCAAGACUGCUAUGAGAGCCAAGGAAACUUCCAAACUCAACGUUCUUCGCGCUCUCAUCUCCGAGACCAACAACGCCGCCAAAACCGCCUCGCCCAUCCAGACAGACAUCCAGCUCCUCUCCCUCAUCCGGAAACGCGCAUCCGCCGCGAAGGAAGCCGCAGAACAAUUUGCCAAGGAGGAGCGGGCGGAUCUCAAAGAGAAGGAGGACUUGCAGGUGGCUAUUCUUGAGGGAUAUGCCAGUCAGAUCAAGACUCUGAGUGUGGAAGAAGUCGAGGCAGUGAUCGCAAAGGAAAUUACUGCCAUUAAGGAGACUGGAAAGAAGCUGGAAAUUGGACAGGUCCUCAAGUCUCUGUUUGCUCCCGGUGGUGCAUUGGAUGGCAAGCCGGCAGACCGUAAGGAAGUUGCUGGUUUGGUGAAGAAGGCAGUUUCUGCUUAG